UUGUUCUUCACUUUGUGAGAUGGGGAUAGUAUACGAUUUAACGUUAUUACAGAAGUUUCGAAGAAAUUUGUUUAUUAUUUAUAGAUCAGAGUAUGAGGAAAUAUCUUUUACAUAUGACACAAUAUUGGGGACAGUGAGCGAGGUUUUGGAACAGUUCAAACUUUACAAUGUAAUUCCAAACGUAGGUAUUGCAUUGCAAAUACAAAGUCUGACAGCUUCUGGCAUUGUUCUACUACUUAGCAUCCUCAACUACAAUUGUUACUUCAUUCCAUUGCAUUGCAAUACAGCGCAAUCACACUUCGAGGCUGUGUUGAAUGCACAUGGUGCAAAAUAUGUAAUAGCCGAUCUGAAGUAUGAUAAUGGAAAUUGUAAACAAAUAGGGUGUGUAACGGUUUUUCAUAACAAAAUGUACAUUUAUGAAAAUACAAGUUUAAAGAAAAAUGCAUGUGUCGACGUUCCAAACCUCUGUUAUAGUAUUGCUACGUCGGGGACUACGGGACUUCCAAAGAUCGUACAAGUGCCGUACUCUUGUGUGGAACCCAAUAUUGUCGCGAUCAGUACACAGUUAAAAAUAUCGGAAUCUGAUGUGAUUUAUUUAUGCGCCCCUUUCACAUUUGAUCCCUUCAUGGUGGAUUUAUUUUUGGCACUCAAUAGAGGAGCUGCGUUGCUAAUAUCCGCACCAACUUUGCGAUUAAACCCAAAUAAAUUAGUAAAGAUUUUAUGGCCAAAACUUCUAGAUCACGACAGAUCUUUAUUAAGAGAAAAUUCGAAUUGCAUAGGUGCGACCUUUUUACAGGCAACUCCUUCAUUUUUCCGUCUAUUUGGUGAUGCUGCCAUAAAGGAUGUGAUCUUACACGAAAGUAAUUCCUUGCGAUGCUUAGUUUUAGGUGGGGAAGAUUUUCCCACAAGAUUGGAAUGGAACUCUUGGUUGCCAUCUGCGCCAAUAAAUAAGCGCAUAUUUAAUAUUUACGGAAUAACGGAGUUGUCGUGCUGGUGUACAAUGCAUGAAUGCAAUUUUAAUGAUGGCUGGGAACGAGCUCCUCUUGGUGCGCUACUCGACAAUCAGACUAGUCUUCGCAUAAUCGAUAAGAGUGGUAUGGAGUUAUCUGGAGUAUGCGAGGGACAAUUGGAGAUUGGUAGUGCGACUCGAAAGUGUUAUAUUCUUUCCAUAGAUGGCCAGUUCAGUCAUGAGAGCACUGAAUUGUGUUUCCGCGCUACUGGUGAUGUGGUCCGUCAGGAUGAAAGUGGAAAUUUGUUCUAUUUAGGCAGAAUAGACAGCAUAAUUAAGCGAAGGGGUGUUCGCUUAAAUCUAGAAAUUCUGCAGCAAAAUAUACAGAUGUUAUUAAAGACUGAACAUAGAAAUAUUAAAUGUGUCUGGCAAGAAGAAGUGCAAAAGCUCAUUUGUUUUAUAGAAACUAGUGCAGAUUACCCUAACUCCGGACCGGUGCAUAUCCGACGACUUUUGGCAGAAAACUUAAUGGAAAUAGAGCGACCUGAUGAUAUAAAAUUUAUUCGCAAAUUUCCUCUAAACUCACACGGAAAAGUAGAUAUUCGUUGUAUGCUUUCACAAAUUGCCGAAGACACAUGCCAACAAUCGGUAAAGCCCGUAGAAAUUUUACAGAGUUUUAUUAUAGAAACUUUGGGAUUUGAUCCAUUGAACCCAAUCUCGGAGGUGCCCAGAAUUAGUACCAGAAAUAAGCCGGAUCCUAUUUUGUCAUUUACAGCUGCAGGUGGCACAUCUUUCCAGGCAAUCGUAUUGGCUAGUGAAAUUGGUGCGAUUUUGGAGCACACCAGCAAUCGUAGUGAAUUAUUAGGAAUGUUACUAAACCCACAACAGUCGCUAAUAUCUAUUAAGGACUUUUUGGUAUCAUGCUCAUUAUCGAAAACUCAAAUUAUAUCUAAAGUACAAUCCAAUAAGCGAAAUGAUUGUCUUGCAAAAAAUUUUAAGUUUCUUUGGCGUACUAGUCUUAAUAAAUGUGUGGAUUCAUCUCCAAUCAUUGUUGGAAAUAAAUGGAUAUGUGUUGGUUCACACUCGCAUAUUUUAGCAACACUUGAUGGCAGACAAGGGAAUCCCAUAGCUGUACUGGAGCUACCGGAUCGAAUAGAGUGCAAAGUGGAAGUGGCUUUGAAUGAUAAAAAUCCCUAUAUGGCGUUCGUGGGUUGUUAUGAUCAUCAUUUGUAUGCUUUUAACUACACAAAUGGUCGUAUUUACUGGCGAAUAGACAUGAGCGGAAUCAUCAAAGCGAAACCUUUAAGCUGCAAAUCCGGGCUUAUCGUAGCUACUUACGGCAAGACAUUCAAUGUGUUUUGCGUUUGCUUAAAGACACAAAAUUAUAUUUGGCGUCAAAAAGUCGGUACGAUAGGUAUCUUUGCCAGUCCAGUAUUGAUAAAUGAUGCUGCAAUGAUAAUUUGUGCUCUGGAUGGUACUUAUUGCAGCGUUAGUGCAGAUUCUGGUAAAUGCCAGUGGUUGCAAAAGUGUGGUUCACCUAUCUUUUCAACACCUAUUGUAAUCAACGAGGAAAACAUAAUUAUUUUAGCCGAAGUUGUAGGAAAGGUGCACAUUUGUAAUACAGAAAGCGGAGAAGUGAUAAAAACAUUCUGUGCUGGAUCUUCAAUUUUUUCUGGUUUAACUACAAUACCUGAUAUGAAUAGCAAAGUACAAAGCAAUGAUACAAGUUCGAGAAAAAUUUUAUUCGGUUGCUACGAUAAGAAUGUGUACUGUUUAAAGUACAUGAAUGCAGCUGAUGAAAACCAGCAAAGUACACCUGUAUUACACCUACUAUGGAAGGUACAACUUGAUAGCAACAUCUUUGCAACACCUGUAGCCAUUUCUAUGAAGAAAGAUAACUUUGUAUUAAGCUGUUCCAUUAAUGGUUUAAUUGCGCUUUUGUUGGCUGAAACCGGCGAGUUAGUUGCUACACACAAACUACCCGCAGAAGUAUUUUCCACUCCUUGUCAACUAAAUAAUCAAAUUUUUUUAGGUUGCAGGGAUAAUUACGUCUACUCAUUUUCCAUAAAGUAAUUUUAAAAAGGUUGAAAA